ACGUAUUUUAAUGCGUCACCGGAUGUAGCCUAAGAAAGAUGGCUGCGACCUUGUUGAAUGCAUGUUGACAAAACGACAACCGUGUACCACUCAGAAGAUGAUAUUAAUGGUUUGAUAAAAUAGUUUGAUAUUUCUAACAUUAUAAUUGAACAUGUUUUCGGUGUUUAGGCGUGUGUUUUCAGGGCUAGCGAGCAGGACGCUACAAGCGCCAGCUCUCCUGCAGCAGCAGGACUUAAAGGUGCUCUCGGCUGGGUUGAAGACGUAUGAUGUUCCUCCAGACUACAGUGAUGUGGUUUUACCAGACAGGCCCAAACUCAAAUUCCUCAAUAAGGUCCCUAAUUUAAAAAAGGCCAAGAAGGAGAUGAAGAAGCUACGUGACAUCCAGGGUCCAGCUAUUUCCGCCAACACGUUCAGAUGGGGACAGUAUGGCAUUUUGGCUAUGGGUGGAGGAUAUCUGCACUGGGGCCACAUGGAGAUGAUGAGGCUCACUAUUAAUCGGCGUAUGGACUCACGUACCACCUUUGCCCAUUGGCGGAUUAAUGCUCCUUACAAGCCCAUUACUCGUAAAGGCCUGGGUCAACGCAUGGGAGGAGGCAAAGGUGCCAUCGACCACUACGUUACACCAGUAAAGUGCGGCCGGUUGAUAGUAGAGGUCGGAGGUCAUAUUGAACUUGGGGAAGUGGAAUCUGUGCUUAAAGAAGUGGCAAAGAAGCUGCCCUUCCCAGCCAAGGUGGUGAGCAGAGAGAGUCUGGCUGCCAUGCAGCAGGAACAAGCUGAGAUGGAGGCCAACAACCAGAACCCAUGGACCUUCAAGAGAAUAGCCAGGUCCAAUAUGCUGGGCAUCCGCAAAGUCCUCAGCCCGUUUGAUCUCCAUAAUCACGGCCGCUACACCGGAAAGUUCUUCAAUCCAGACAGAGUCUGAGCUCGACUGGACCAUGGCAGGCUGAAAAACGGCAUCAUCAAUACCUCUUCCAAAAAAAUGUGCAAAAAACAGUGUAUGAACUUUAUCUACACACCACAUCCUGUGUUAGAUUAGGAUCACACUCUUCAGCAGUGAAGUUGGCAGUGGAUCAGAAGAAUGAGAGAAUUGUAGACCAACCAUCAUGCUACACUAUGUGUGUGUGGGUGUGUAGUAUUUCAGAAUGUUUUAUAUAUUAAAUCAUACUUACAUUGAGCCUCAUUUAUAAAUCUUUUAGUAUGAAAACGUUUGCGUAAGCCAAAUUGAACUAAGAGUUUCCACUAGAGUUACUAAAGUUUCAGAAAAUGCUGAUUUCCCUUGUACUUAUGUGCGUAUAUUAAUCUCCCAUAAAGUGCAAAGCAUGUUCCUGACACAGCUCAUUUUCAUUUAGUGAAAACCACAAAGGUAAUUGGUUAAGCACCUAGAGGGCUGGAAACAGUGAAAGAAAAAAGCAGAAAGGCAUAUGUCAACGUUAUUUCAACUCCCUUCUAUGCCAAUAAAAGAUAUUUAGCACUGUCACAGCACAGACUAUCAUUCAUCUUGAGCUUCCAGAACCUGGCGGGUUGAAUACUUAUACAAGCAGCAUUUUUCAGUUUUUGAUUUUCUUUGAAAUACUUGAUGACCAACAGUUAAUUUUGACUUUGAAAAUUCACUAAGAGUCCACAAGUUUGCAAUAAAAUUACUGACAGGAAGAAUAUGUGAAUUUAUCAUUCGUUAUUCAGACAAAUCCGAUAAAUUCCAGGGGGGUUGAAUAAUUUUGCAAGCAACUGUAUAUAAGUCGCUCUGGAUAAGGGUGUCUGCUAAAUGCUGUAAAUGUAAUACAAAUAUAAGUCAAUCAGUUGAGAUAUUAGUUGCCCCAUGAGAGGCAAUACAUUAGUUAGUCUUUUUAUUUUUAACUAGAAACACUCAGGAGCAGCAGUAGUAUAUGUACAGUAGUAUAGUAUAGUAUAUUACAAAAUAAGGGGAUUUUUUUGUUAUGAAUAUCAAAUUUCUUGUGUAAAUGCUCAUACGAAUGAUUUAUGAAUAAAUCUGUUGCUUUUCAGCUUGAUAAAUGAG